AUGGCCGAUACAGGUCUGCCGCCCAACUGGGAGGUGCGCCACUCCAAUUCAAAGAAUCUCCCUUACUACUUCAACUCUGUCGAAAAAGUCUCCCGUUGGGAGCCUCCGCAAGGCACCGACACCGAGAAGCUCAAGCACUACAUGGGAGCACACCACAGCGCCGGCUCGCGUCCUGGCGCAGUGCCAGGUGUUCCCGACGGCAAGAUUCGCGCUGCCCACUUGUUGGUGAAGCACAAGGACAGCAGACGGCCCAGUAGCUGGCGAGAAUCUGAGAUUACACGCUCCAAGGACGAGGCCCUGGAAAUAAUCAAGGCCCACGAGGCUAAAAUCAAGUCGGGCGCCAUUUCUCUCGGCGACCUGGCCCCUACCGAGUCGGAUUGCUCGUCUGCCCGUAAACGCGGCGACCUGGGCUACUUUGGCCGCGGAGAUAUGCAGAAGGAGUUUGAGGAUGCGGCUUUUGCCCUCAAGCCAGGCGAGAUGAGCGGCGUCGUCGAGACGGCCAGUGGGUUGCAUCUGAUCGAGAGACUGGAGUAG